CCGUAGCGGGAGUCCAGAGUCCAUAUAAAUAUUCCUGGGUGCCCCCCCCUCCUAAGCACUAAUAUAUCAUCCCUUUGUAUCUUUCCUCGCACAUAGAAAAGUUCCUGUUUCCGUAAGAUGCCUGAACAAAACAAAGAGAACUUGACCGCCGGUGGUAACGCCGCGUUCCACAACUUUAUCAAUGAUUUCGCACACAUCGAAGAUCCAAUGGAGAGAAGAAGAUUGGCCUUGGAAAAGAUCGAUGAAGCUCCUUUCGGCUGGUACCACGUCCGUGCUAUCGUCGUUGCCGGUGUUGGUUUCUUGACUGAUUCUUACGAUAUUUUCGCCAUUAACUUGUCUGUUUCCAUGAUGGGUUACGUCUACUGGGGUGGUAACAUGCCAGCCUCCACCUCCACCUUGCUCAAGGUUUCCACCUCCAUCGGUACCGUUAUCGGCCAGUUGGGGUUCGGUUUCCUUGCCGAUUACUGUGGUCGUAAGGCCAUCUACGGUAUUGAGUUGAUCAUCAUGAUUGUUGCCACCAUUUUCCAGUGCAUGACUGGGAGUUCUGCCGUUUUAAACUUUACCGCUAUGUUGACCUUCUGGAGAAUUGUCAUGGGUAUUGGUAUCGGUGGUGACUACCCAUUGUCUUCCGUUAUCACUUCUGAGUUUGCCACCACCAAGUGGAGAGGUGCCACCAUGGGCGCUGUCUUUGCCAGUCAGGGUUGGGGCCAGUUGUUUGCCGCUAUUGUCUCCUUGAUUUGUGUUGUUGGGUACAAGGACUCGCUCAUUGACGUAAACUCCAAUGCCGAGUGUGGUGAAAGGUGUAUCAAGGCUUGUGAUGCCAUGUGGAGAAUCACCAUCGGUAUGGGUGCCGUUCCAGCCAUGAUUGCCUUGUACUUCCGUUUGACUAUCCCUGAAUCCCCUAGAUACACAAUGGAGAUUGCCGGUGAUGAUGUUAGAGCCCUCGCUGACACCAAAAGAUUUACUUCUGGUGGCCACGGUAAUGCCAAUGACCAAGAAAUUGCCGGUUUGCAAUUGGACAUUGAACGUGCUACCGCCGCUGCUGAAUUUAAGAAUGAACAGGUUGCUGCUAUGACGCCACCAAAGGCCUCUUGGAAAGAUUUCCGCACUCACUUCGGCCAGUGGAAGCACGGUAAGAUCUUGCUUGGGACUGCCGGUUGUUGGUUCAUGUUGGAUAUUGCUUUCUACGGGUUGGGGUUGAACUCUGCCGUGAUUUUACAGACCAUUGGUUACGCCUCGUCUAAGAACGUUUACUGGAAGUUGUACAACUCCGCUGCCGGUAACUUGAUUUUGAUUUGUGCUGGUUCUAUCCCAGGCUACUGGGCUUCUGUUGCCACCAUCGAUACCCUUGGCCGUAAGCCAAUCCAGAUCGGUGGGUUUGGUAUCUUGACCGUCUUGUUCUGUAUCAUUGGUUUCGCCUACCACAAAGUUGGUGACCACGGUUUGUUGGCCCUUUACGUCUUGUGUCAGUUCUUCGAGAACUUUGGUCCAAACACCACCACCUUUAUCAUUCCUGGUGAGAUCUUCCCUACCAGAUACAGAUCCACUGCUCACGGUAUUUCUGCUGCCAGUGGUAAGAUCGGUGCUAUUGUCGCCCAGACUGCCUUGGGUACUUUAAUCAACCAUAACUGUUCUAAGACCGACGCUAACUGUUGGUUGCCGCAUGUUAUGGAGAUUUUCGCUCUCUUCAUGUUGCUUGGUUUCGGGUUGGCCUGGUUGUUGCCAGAAACUAAGAGAAGAACCUUGGAAGACAUUUCCGAAUCGAUUCACGGUGAGGCUAACAUUAGAAAGUACGUUGUUGCUGGUUCUGUUGCUACUCAUGCUGACUCUGAGUCUUUCAACAACGAAUCUAAAUAAUGCUGAUCUCGAGUUGAGAUUCUCUUAUCGUUUUUCAUUCUUACUCUCUUUUGCGCUUCAAUUCUCUCUCCCAUGCACUUUUCGUUUGGGUUUUAUCCAAUUUUACUAUUAUUGAAUUCCAUAAUAAC